AUGAGUUCUAAUGGUGUAACACAUGAUACUUUCUCUAAACCAAUUUCAAUAUUAGAAAGGAAAAGAACAGUUUCAUUCUCCAAAUUACUUUCAAGAUCAUGGAAACAGUCUAAUAGUCCUGGUCCUUCUUCUGAUACAAGUGACAGUCUUACAAGAAAAGAUACUUCUUCAUCCGUCAAUUCUUCUAAAUCCAAUAAUAGUAAUAGUAAUAGUAAUAAUAACAACAAUAACAAUAACAAUACUACAACUAAUACUACAACUACUACUAACACUACUACUAACACUACUAGAUUCUCUAAAUUUAGAAAUUUUUUCCAUUCCAAUCCAAAUGCCGAUACAGAAACCCUCAAUAACACAACUAGUAAAAAUAGAUACAUUUAUCCAAUGACUCCUGCAGAUAACAACAGAAAAGAAAAGGAACAGGUUUCUAAAAACCAUAUCACAAACAACAUACCCAGCGUCCCCAUCCAUGCUCAUCUAGAAAACCAUUAUCAUCCCUACGAUACAAAUAUCUCAAGCACAGAUAAUAAUAAUAAUAAUAAGUUCCUUAUAUCCAACAGUUCAUAUCCAGCCACCACAACAAAUAAUGAUCCAACAUCAAAUAGAACACCAAAAAAUUUAAUUCCUAAAACCGUCUCCAGUCAGAAAAACUCAAGUAACCUUUCUUUAAACAAAAUUAAAGAAGGCGAACUGGCCAAUGACUUCCAAAUAAGAUCCAAUUUAAACCAUUCACCACCAAAUGGUACUCGUGGAAAAACCCAGACUCCUAUUGCAUCCUCAAAAUCGAGCAGUGAAGAAAAUUCAUCAAAUCAUGCAUUCCCAUCCAUUAUUGUUGGGUUUGGAUCCGAGGAAAAUACAAGUGAAACAACGCAGACAACCGAGACAACCUCCAAAUUCUCCAAAAUCCAUGAAAACGAAACCCAACAGGAUCCAGGAAAGGGGGCUACAAUUCAGAAACAAUUCGCAUCUACACCUGAUGACAUGACUCGCCGUUUAAUCAGUGAACUUGGAGAACCUAAGAGAUCGAGGAGAUUAAGAAACAAAUCCUUCAGUAACAAAUUCGAGGAUAUAAAAGUGUCUCCACAAUCCUUUGAAAAGAUAAGGUUGUUGGGUCAAGGUGAUGUAGGUAAAGUAUAUCUUGUCAAAGAAAAAUCAACAAAUAGACUGUAUGCAUUGAAAAUCUUCAGCAAAAAAGAAAUGAUCAAAAGAAAAAAGAUUAAACGUGUCCUCACAGAACAAGAAAUUUUAGCUACAAGCGAUCAUCCAUUCAUUGUAACUUUAUAUCACUCGUUCCAAUCAGAAGAUUAUUUGUACCUUUGUAUGGAAUAUUGUAUGGGUGGCGAAUUUUUUAGAGCUUUGCAAACAAGGAAAUCUAAAUGUAUAUCUGAAGAUGAUGCUAGAUUCUAUGCAAGUGAAGUCACUGCAGCAUUGGAAUAUCUGCAUCUAUUAGGCUUCAUUUACAGAGAUUUGAAACCGGAGAAUAUCUUGCUACAUAAGUCGGGCCAUAUCAUGCUGUCUGAUUUCGAUUUGUCCGUUCAGGCAAAUGACCCCACAAAUAAAAUCCCUUCUAAAAGAGUAGUGGUAACGCAAAAUUCAAUGGUUGAUACUAAAGUUUUUUCGGAUGGAUUUAGAACUAAUUCCUUUGUUGGUACAGAGGAAUACAUUGCACCAGAAGUCAUUCGUGGGAAUGGCCAUACUGCUGCUGUCGAUUGGUGGACUUUAGGCAUAUUAAUAUAUGAAAUGCUAUUCGGUACAACACCUUUCAAAGGUUCCAAUUCAAACGAAACCUUCUGUAACAUUUUGAAAAAUGAAGUCAUUUUCAACAACAACAACAACAACGGCAACCACAGUGUGGAAAUUUCAAGAAACUGUAAAGAUCUUAUCAAAAAAUUGUUGUGCAAAAACGAGGCUAAACGUCUUGGUUCCAAGAUGGGUGCUGCAGACAUUAAAAGACAUCCCUUUUUCAAGAAAGUUCAAUGGUCAUUUUUAAGAAACCAGGAACCUCCUUUGAUCCCUAAAUUAGCGGAUAAUGGUUUCGAUUUUGCUAACGUAACACCGAAAACAACUAAAGAAGAAGAAAAUGAACCAUCAUUGGAAGAGGUGGAACAAACCAUGUUCGAGGAGCCGGUAGAAAAUGAUGAUAACUUAACAGAGGAUGACCCCUUCCAUAAUUUUAAUUCAAUGAGUCUCAUGAGGCAUGAUAAUAACUCACUGAUAUAUGGAGAAUCGAAUUCAUACGGUAAAAUAUCAUAUACCCCAAAUUCCAACCGUUCAAGGAGCAAUAGCCAUAGGGGGUUCUUCACAAUAAGAUAG